CACGUGCAUUUGGCAAAUGCACUCGUACUCGCGUCGCCUCUCUUCCGUUAUAAAAAAAUAUAUCUGUGAAAAAAAAAUUAAAAACGCGCGCACUCCUUACUCUUGAAAAAAUUGUUUUAAAUAUUUUUAAUGCCUAGGAUUUGAUAUCAGGAUUAUUGGUAUAUAUUUAUAUAUAUAGUGAACGUUAAGUGAACUUUGUUAGAAAUAAUUAAAAAAUAAUCAUAUUUUUUUUAAUUCAUGAGAAUACGCGCGAAAAUUUGCAUGUUAGUUUAUUGUGCUUAACGUGUCUAAAAUCAAUUGUGUAAAUAGAAUAUUAAGUUCUUUUACAACUAUUGUCGGAAAAGCUUCCAAAAUUAAACAAAUACAGGAGUAUCUGUUCGUGAAGAUGGGCCCAGGAGAUAGGGGCCCGAAGACUACGGAAGACCGGACGGCUGCCGUUGAUCAUACUGGCGUGAAGAAAUGGUUUAUAGAUAACACUCUUUUAGUGAUCACUUUGGCUGGAGUGCUGAUUGGAAUUUCAGUUGGAUUUGGUCUUCGUCCCUAUCAUCUAGGUCCAGAUGCUCUUAUGAUUAUAUCCUAUCCUGGAGAACUAUUUAUGAGGCUGUUGAAGCUUAUGAUUUUACCUCUGAUAAUUGCUAGCCUUAUUGCUGGCUCAGCUAGUCUCAAUGCUCGAAUGAGUGGAAAAAUCGCGGUGAGAACUCUGCUGUACUUCAUACUCACUUCCAUGUUUAAUGCAUUCCUUGGAAUUCUGCUGGCGAUGUUGAUUCAUCCCGGACAACCAGAUUUAAGAGAAGAUUCUAUUGCUGCUUUUGAAAAUAAAAGAGAUCACAGUAUCUUGGACAGUCUACUAGAUAUUGGGAGAAAUAUUUUUCCGGAUAACAUUGUUCAAGCUGCAUUCCAACAAGCGCAUACUGUGUACAUUGAACCAAAAACUAUCUUUCCGAAAAAUGUAAAUGACAGUGGCAACUACCGAAUAUUAGUUCGAGACAUCAGAUAUAGAGCAGGAACGAAUACAUUGGGUCUAGUGUUCUUUUGUCUUGUGUUUGGAAGUCUGUUAGGUACUUUGGGACCUAAGGGUAAAGUUGUGAUUGAUUUCUUCCAAGCCAUCUUUGAAGUGAUAAUGAAGAUGGUGACAGGAGUGAUGUGGUUUACUCCUAUUGGAGUUAGCAGUGUUAUCGCUGGGAAGAUUCUGGGAGUUAACAAUGUUGCACAAGUAAUGUCUCAGCUAGCAUGGUUCAUUGCUACAGUCACAAUUGGAGUAUUUCUCUAUCAAUUAAUCGUGAUGCAAAUGAUAUACUUCCUAUUCCUAAGACGAAACCCAUACAAGUUUUACUGGGGAUUAUCACAGGCCAUGUUGACUGCAUCCGCUACGGCUUCCACAGCCGCAGCUCUCCCUGUAACCUUCCGCGCCAUGGAGGGUCCGCUGCGCAUCGACCCGCGCAUCACUCGUUUCGUGCUGCCUAUCGGCUGCAACAUCAACAUGGACGGCACGGCCUUGUUCCUGUCUGUCGCGAGUGUCUUCGUUUGUCAGAUGAACAGCAUGCGGCUCAGUUUUGCGCAGUUGACUGCUAUAUUUUUGACGUCAACAGCAGCAUCAGUAUCAUCAGCAUCGGUUCCUUCAGCAGCGAUGGUAUUGCUGUUAGUAGUUCUCGCAGCCGUUGAUGCUCCCACCCAUGACGUUUCUUUACUAUUUGCUGUGGAUUGGCUCGUUGAUCGCAUACGAACAACCAACAAUAUGUUGGGGGACUGCUACGCGGCAGCGGUCGUGGAACACAUGUCCAAGAAUGAGCUCAUGGCUUGUGACGCAGCUUCAAUGGAACCGUCACUUCCCAAUGGCUUGCCGACAUCAAACACAGAAGUGGAAAUAGGUAUUAUAACACCUGGUAAAAAGUCAUUAGCCUCUGAUGACGUAAUUGUUGAUAUGCAUUUACAUAACAACACCAAUAGGAUAUAAUCUCCCCUUUAUUGUAAACCAUUUAAUUGAUACAAGCUAUACACUGAUCAAAUUAAAUUUAUGUAAAAUGUAAACAAAAAGUGAAAUUAUCAACAACAAAACUUUACUGGUGGUAGAGUUUUGUGCAAGCUCGUCUGGGUAGGUACCACCCACUCACCAGAUAUUCUACCGCAAAACAGCAGUACUUGGUAUUGUUGUGUUUCAGUUUGAAGGGUGAGUGAGCCAGUGUAAUUACAGGCACAAGGGACAUAACAUCUUAGUUUCCAAGAUUGGUGGCGCAUUGGUGAUGUAAGCGAUGGUUAACAUUUCUUACAGUGCCAAUGUCUAAGGGCGUUGGUGAACACUUACCAUCAGGUGGUCCAUAUGCUCGUCCGCCUUCCUAUUCUAUAUAAAAAAAAACAUUUAUUGGAAAGCAAUACAAUUUUAAAAGUGCACUCAAUUUUGUACUUCGUUAUUAUAUUUGUAGAAAGUCAUUUGUUUACACUUUGUAUGAAUUCACUCGAAGCUGAGUAUAUUUAGACUGUACCGUAAUCAAUAUGUCUUAUUAGAUUUAGAUGAUUAUAUAACGGAGUCGAUCAGUACCAAUUUUUUAGUACGAAAAACAAUAGCUGCAUAAAAAAAAGUAGGUUGGAUCAUUAAUUGACUUUUACGUUGUUAUUUUUUUCAUUUAUUCCAUUUCUAUUACAUUGUUAAGGGUUCCUCUUUUUUUAGUAUUUUAAUUACUGUUUAUCAUUUCGUUGUUUUUUAAAUGAACUUCGUUCUUUUAUUAUUAAUGUAUAGCAUUUUUAGAUUAAGUCUAUGUUUAUAUUUAAAGUAAAUUGAUUAUUUUAUCUUAUAUAUGUAUCGGCAACGUAGUUAACUUAAGGUUACUUCAUUGAUACACUGGUUAGUUUUUCAUAAAUAUUAAAAAUCGCAAUAAUGCACUUGUCAUUUUCAUUAAAAUUAUAAGUCAAACAAAAUUUGAUAUUUUACUAUUGGUGCUAAAUUUUCGGGCUCGUUUGCUAUCAUAUUAAUCAUCUUUUAAUAUUAAUUGUAUUAACGUAACUCAUUUAUAAGUAGAAUUAGAUCCAACUGUGAUAUGUGGUUCAUUGUUAUAUACGUUUUCACUGUCUCUUCAUAUCGAGACUUAGACGAUUAAUUAUAAAUAUAGUUGUAAUCUAUAAGUACAUAUAGGGCAGUUUAUUAUCAUAGAAAUAAAACUGAUAAUCAAUUUUACAA